AUGCUCCCGGCCUUCAGCCAGAGCCUUCCACCCAAACCGAAAUGGAGCGUAGAUGACAUUCCGGAUCUCAGCGGAAAGGUUAUGAUCGUGACCGGUGGGAAUACGGGAGUGGGCAAGGAGACAGUCAAAGCACUGCUGCAACACAACGCCACAGUGUACCUCGCCGCUCGCGAUGCAGAGAAGGCAAAGCAAACCAUCGAAGACCUCAAGUCUACUACGGGAAAGGAAGCUGCCUUCCUGCACCUGGAUCUGUCAGACUUGCGAAUCGUCCGCAAAUCAGCGGAGGAUUUCUUGUCUAGGGAGAAGCGACUCCAUGUACUCUUCAAUAACGCAGGGGUCAUGGCUUGUCCUAUGAACCUACUCACAGAACAAGGAUAUGACAUGCAGAUCGGGACUAACGUCAUCGGACACUACUUCUUCACCUCUCUGCUCUUACCUGCCCUUGAAGCUGCGUCUAUAACCGGGGACAAAGCGCGCAUUGUGACGACCUCGUCACUAGUCGCUUACUUCGCCAAAGACUUCAUCUUCGAUGCAGUGAAGGAUGGACCACGACGGAGGAAGCUCAAUCCUCGGGAGCUGUACAAUAUCAGUAAACUUGGAGACGCUUUGCUCGCUCUCGAACUAUCCAGACGUUGGGAUGAUAAGAUCGUCUCUGUCGCCGUUAACCCGGGGAACAUCAAGACGGACCUUCAACGCCACAUGCCCGGUUGGCAACGUCCCUUGGUCAACCUUAUGCUAUACCCGAGCCCGAUGGGUGCUCUCAGCCAAUUAUGGGCGGGCGUGUCGCCGGAAGGAGCGAGCCUCAACGGACUGUUCAUCAUACCCUGGGCUCGCGUUGGCACCGCGCCGGCUAAAGCACAAGACCACGCCCUGGCGGAGAAGCUUUGGUCGUGGGUUGACGACCUUUGCCGAGGCUACUAG